GAUAAAUUAAAGAAACGAUAACAGUCCCUUUAAAUAUUUUAAAAUGUUGCAGAUGAUCACAGUACAGAGAUGGCUUGUAAGUGCCCUUGCCAUAUCAAUUAUAUUUUUUUGGCUGGGACUUUUACACAGAGAAUCCUACAAAUCAGUUCUAACUUCAUAUCGAAGUAUAUGCAGUGUUCUUACACCUUCAAGUACUGAAGAACUAGAAUAUAGAACUGAAGAAGAAGAUUAUGAUCUCGAUAAUUCAAACAAAUAUGCACUUGGAAGUGAAUUUAUGAAGUUUAAAGCCAAGAAAUCUCCAAUUAGAUUGCUAUGUUUGGUUAUAACACAACCAAAGGCAUUUAACACCACGUUUGGCAGAGUAAGGGCCAUAAAUGAUACAUGGGGAAGUAGAUGUACAUUUUUGUAUUUCGUUAGUAGUGAGUCAACAGUUGUUGAAACCGGUUAUCAUGUUCUACAUAACCCUGUCAAGGAAAACUAUGGCUCAAUCUGGUCGAAGACAAAGUUGGGAUUUAAAUUUGCAUUUAAAAACCACAUACAGCAGGUUGACUGGGUAAUGAAAACAGACGAUGAUACUUAUGUGAUAAUGGAAAACCUUCACGAAAUGCUGUCACGGCAUGAUCCCGACAAACCAGCAUAUUUUGGUUCGCAUCUCAAUUUCCAUGUUAAACAAGGAUACAUGAGCGGAGGUUCAGGAUACAUUCUUUCAAGGAAAGCUGUUGAACUGCUGGUGACAAGUGCAUUCCCUAACCAGACUUUAUGCCGUGGCGCUGAUAAAGAUAGUGGAUUUGAAGAUUUAGAGCUUGGCAUAUGUCUCCAAAAUGUAGGCGUCAAACCCACUAGCUCAAGAGAUUUAAAGAGAGAUGAAGAAACCUUCUUCCCCAUGAAUUUUUGGAAAAUGAUGACUGCUAACAAUAAAUCUUGGAUCACUGGUGUCUUGGCUAAAAAACCAAAAGAAUUUCAAGGUUUUGAAUGCUGCAGUGAACAUGCAAUUUCUUUUCACUAUAUUAAUCCAGAGAAGUAAUUAUUUAAAAUUUAAAAAGACAACUACAAUAAUGUAAAAAUAAACCCCUUUGUGAAAGGAAAUUGUUUUGCUCCGAACACAGAUAUGUACUAAAAUUAAAUAGCAGCAAAAGUAUUGCUGCCAUGCAAACUUGUUGUAGUCUCUCAAUUUGAGUUGCAAAAUGUACAAUAAGGUGUCCACUAAUUUUUUAACAAGGUGCUUGCAAUGAGUGCGGUAACUUUUUCAAUUACACUACAUAAUGUGAAUAAUUCCUGAAAAGUUUAGGUCGUUAGCUCUUAACUUCAAUAAGAUAAUCUCCUUCGAAGAUAAAAAAAUUCACAAAAUUAUAAUAUUACAAAUCAAUUUCUCCAUUUUCCAUCAGGUAAUUCAAAUCCGUCAAAAUUUUAGACAUUUUUUUCAAAUUAAUGAGGCAGGCCCCAACAAAUCGUCAAAAAUGCUCAUUGUUCAGAAAAGUGCAUUUUUGGGAGGUUUUGUGAACUUACCUCAGUUAAUUUUUGAUAUUUUUCAAAUAUUUCAAUGGAAAAUGAUAUAUGAAAUGCUCACAGUACACAUAACAAUGAGAAGAAUUAGCUGUUUUCAUCUAUUUAAAAUAAUUGUUCACCUGUGGACACUUUAAUGCACAAUGCACUAUACCUAUCAAUUAAAUUUUCUUGCUACAAUAAGUAAAAUAUAAUAUAUUAAGGAUUCAAAGGCUGGGUAGUAAGUAUUAAGUAAGGAUGGAUUGUUUUCUCUUUUUUAAAAGUGAUCUUUUCGGCUUAAGAAAGACGAAGAAAAAAUGAAAAUCAAAGGAUUGUUUUUAAAAUUAUCGUUUGUGAAAACAAACCUUUGUAAACAACCAGUAACAUCAACCCUUUGUUAACAACAGUUAAUGAGGCCCCUUCAUUAACGAUCGUUAAUAGUUUUUAUAAGAGAAAACACGUUUAUUGGUCGAAAAAUCUGAGUUUAAAAAACAUUCAUGUUAUUUCUCUGGAUAAAAAAAACCAUUUAAGACAACAUUCAUAACCUUAUCUUUUUGAAAAAAAAGAACCCGUGGCAAGUAAGACAUUUUGCAAUAUCUCUUUCAAUAUUAAUAGGAGCCGGUUCUAUUUUUGAAUGUAGACUCAUAUAAUUUGUUCGGAGCAGGAUAUGAAGUCAGAUUGUUGAUAUCUCUUUACGGAGUCUUGGAACCUCUGAAAAGUGACCUCCGUCGGCUCCAAUUUUUUAUCUCCCGCC